UCGGAGCACAUGUUGAUGAAAUUUGCAACUAAAAACUAGUAAACAUUUCAUUUGUGAAUUAAAAGCGAAAUACGGUAUAAAAAUGACCAACACGGGACAAAAUGUGUCGAAAGGCACAAUAAAUGAUGGUUUAAUUAAUAGUAGUGUUAUUUUUCGUCGAAAUCGUGCAUUGGGUUAUGUUAGCAACAAAGUUCCAGCCGCAAUUCGUUAUGUGCGUCGCCGUAAGGACACAUUAAUCACUACUUGCAUUGGUCGUUCCUUUCAAGUGUACACUGCCAGUCAUUUUCGUUUGGUUCAUGUCGGCCCUGUGCAUCCAGAUGAAAUUACAGCUUUGGCUAUGGAUCGUAUACAUACGUACACGGCUAGCAAUCGUUGUAUUUAUGCUUGGCGCGCCGGUAAACAUCAGCGGCACGUGUUUCGUGGCCAUACUGCAAAUGUGCAUUUGCUACUACCUUUCGGUGGCCAUUUAAUUGCCGUUGAUGAGGCGAAUGUACUACGCGUCUGGGACAUUGCCACUGAGGAGGUAUAUUUGGAAUUACAGUUCAAUGCCGAGGAAUUUUUGAUAACUGCAUUGACACAUCCACCUGCUUACCUAAACAAAAUUGUGUUAGGCUCACAACAAGGCAUGCUGAAAAUAUGGAAUAUCAAAGAAAAUCGUCUGGUGUACACUUUUGCUGGUGAGGGCAGCAAAGUUACUAGCAUACAGCCGUCGCCAGCGCUUGAUGUUGUGGCUGUAGGACACCAAGAUGGUACUAUUGUUGUGUUGAACCUCAAGUUUGAUGAAGUUCUUAUGAAAUUCAAGCAAGAUUGGGGUCCAGUUUCACAGAUUACAUUCAGAACAGAUGGACCACCAAUUAUGGUAACUGCUUGCACCAAUGGUCAUGUAGCAUUCUGGAACCUAGAAGACCGGAAGAUUGCUGGUCAACUACAAGCUCAUGAGGACAUAGUUAGCACUGCCAUUUGCUUCCACAAUGAGCCGUUACUUUUCACUACCUCGCCAGAUAACUCGAUGAAAUUAUGGAUUUUUGAUAUGCCUGAUAACGGCGCACGUAUGCUACGAAUAAGAGAAGGUCACACUGGACCGCCGUUGUGUAUACGAUAUCAUGGCAAUAGUGGCACGAUGAUUCUCUCUGCCGGCGAAGACAGUGCUUUACGUGUAUUCAGCACAGUUACUGAAUCCUUCAAUAGAAGUAUGGGCAAAGCUAGUUAUAAUAGAAGGGUUUCGAAAAAGAAAAAUCGCUUCGAGGAGGACUCGCAGCGCAUGCCUCCAAUCAUCGAGUUUACGAGCGAGACGACACGUGAGCGCGAAUGGGAUAAUAUAGCAGCUAUUCAUGAAGGUAUCAUUCAGACGACUACAUGGUCGUUUCAUAAAAAUCGUAUGGGGGAACAUCGAUUAGUGCCAAUGCAGUUCCAAAACAAAAAUCGGACGGACUUCAAUGCUAUUACGACUUGCGUAACAUUGACUCAUUGUUGCAACUUCGUAAUUAUUGGCUAUUCUAGUGGCGAUUUAGAGCGCUUCAACAUUCAAAGUGGCAUCCAUCGUGCAAGUUAUGGUGCGCCGGCGCACAAAACUGCAGUACGCGGUGUGGUAUCAGAUAUACUAAAUCAGUUUGUUAUUUCCGGUUGCGGUGAGGGCUUACUAAAAUUUUGGCCAUUUAAAGAGAAAGUAAGCAAUUACAUCAAGUGCCUGAAAUUUACGGAAGGCAUAUCUCUAUUGCGUUUACAUCGUGAAAGUGCCAUGCUCGCCGUGGCAUUAGUCAACUUCUCCAUACACAUUGUGGAUGUGGAUACGCGCGUUGUGGUGCGUAAAUUUGAAGGUCACAUUGCCAAAAUAACGGAUAUGACUUUCAGUCCGGAUAGUCGUUGGCUUCUUACCGCUAGUAUGGAUUCCACUAUUAAAGUAUGGGAUAUACCAUCAUCCUACAUGAUUGACCAUUUCAAAGUGGACCGGCCAUGUGUAUCCCUGACUAUGUCACCGAGUGGUGACUUCUUAGCAACAGCUCAUGUCAACUAUCUGGGCAUAUAUUUAUGGGCUAAUAAGAUGUUAUUCAACCAAAUAACUCUACGCUCCAUCAAUCCAUAUAGUGCACCUCCGUUCGUUGGUUUGCCAAUUAGUGCUAGCGAUGAGAUGGACGUUGCGGAUCUUAUGGAGAAAACAAAACUGAAUGGUUCUGCCGAUUCUGAUGAUGAUGACGACGAAUACAUGAGUGACGGCGAAUUGGGACCAGAAAUUAACACAGCUUAUGAGUCACCAUUACAGCUGGAUAGUGAAUUAAUUACACUCUCUGGCGCCGCAGCGUCGCGUUGGCAAAAUCUUCUCGAUCUCGAAAUAAUAAAAAAGAGAAAUAAGCCUAAAGCACCGCCCAAAGCACCGAAACAAGCACCGUUCUUCCUACCAACUGUAGCGGGUUUAGACGUGAAAUUCGAUAUUGGCCAGACCCUGGGCAAUGCAGAUGAUAAUGAUGGCUCCCGCGUCUUGCAACCUGGUGCUGGUGGCCUCAGCACACUAACCAAUUUCGGCAAACUGUUGCAUGAGGCUGCAGAUGGUAUGCAAUACGAAAUAUGUGUAGAUCAUCUCAAGCAACUUGGGCCAUCAAUGAUUGAUUUUGAAAUUAAAUCCUUGCAUCCCACCGCUGGUGGUUCCUAUCGCAUAAUGGUCGAAUUUCUAAAAACCAUUGAGUAUAUGUUUGAAUCCCGCAUUAAUUACGAGUUAGCGCAAGCUUAUUUGAGUGUCUUCCUACGUGUAUACGGUAUUGAUCUAUUGGAUUCAGAUGAAGUAAUCGAGGCAUUGGAACGCGUUUCCGAAACACAAGAGAAAAGUUGGAAGGUUGUCGAAGAUAAACUUCUAUUUGGUUUGGGUGUAGUGACCGCAUUGAGAAAUUUCGUGUAAAAAAUUGUUAGAUUAUUUUAUUAUUUUCCUUUAUUUUAACGUGUUAAGACCUAUUAAUGUUUUAAAUAAUUUGCUGU